AUGGCUGAGGAAGUGAUUCAAGGGCUCAAGAACAUGAAACUAACAACUGAAGAAGAAGAAAUUAUAGAAGUACCAGAUGAAGGAAGGAAGGAGGAGAUUGAAAGUUGUUCGCAAAGUUUAAUUGGGAAGUUCCUUACGUGCAAAUCCUAUAAUAAGAGGGCGGCUCACACUACACUGAAGAAGGCAUGGGGAUUACAAGAUGAAGUUCAAAUCGUGGAGGUUGGGUCCAAUUUAUUUCAGUUUAAAUUCUCCAUUGAGUUUGACAUGGAAAGGGUUUUUAAAGGAGGCCCUUGGACGUUUGAUAAUCAAGCUCUUAUGCUACGGCGAUGGCAGAGGGGUAUGACAGCUACAAAUGUGAAGUUUGAGACAAUAUCCUUAUGGGUUCAAAUUUGGGGCGCUCCUUUCGACAUGGUCUCUCCGAAAGUGGCGGUAGAAGUAGGGAGGAGGCUGGGGGUGGUUAAGGAAGUUGAAACAAGGCAGAAAUAG